AUAGCAGUAUCUAGUCAAACAGCCAGUCCAUUUGUAGAAAACGGCUUCUUUGUUUUGUAUUUAAAACGAAGAUUUCUUUGCCUUCUUUGUGCGUGCACCUGUCAUCAUCACUCUUCCCUCGGUGGAGAUGUGCAAGGUAGGAAGUGGAAUUCCAUCGCUGUUUGUGGACGAGGAUGUCGCGGAUGUUGCGCGAAUAGUAAUUGAGCAGAAGAGAUACGAAGAUGAAGCUUUCUUCCUUUGUGACGUAAGGGAAAUUAAGCGUAAGGUUUCUCUGUGGCAGCAAGAACUACCGGAAAUACAGCCAUAUUACUGUGUGAGAUGCUGCUCAGAUUAUGUUGUCCUGAAAACUCUGAGCUUGAGCGGAGUAAAUUUUGCUUGUGGAUCGAAGCAUGAAAUGCGAAUUUUGCUGGACAUGGGAGUCAACGAAAACCGCAUUCUGUACAACAGUACGACAAAAUGUCCUUCACAUCUGAAGUUCGCCGAAGAAUGUGGAGUGCGGCUAAUGUGUUGUGACUCGGCAGCCGAUAUGGAAAGAAUCAGUGGCGACACCGCUAGGUUGCUACUACGCAUUGCUGUGCACGACUCCUCAAAGCAAGCUUUUCUGAAUGAUCAGUUUGGAUGUUCUUUGGACGAAGCUGAGCAGCUUAUGCACCUUGCAAAGGAAAAGCAGCUCAACAUCGUCGGCGUAUCGUUUGACAUGGGCGUAAUUGCCGGUACCGAUGAAGCAUUUUUACUAACACUUCGGAAUGCUCGCGCAGUGUUUGACUUAGGACUACGGAUGCGUUUCCCCAUGACAGUACUCGACAUUGGUGGCGGAUUUCCUAUAGCUUCCCAAACCAAUGAAGAGUUCAAGCAGGUGUGCCACCUGGUUAGCUCUGCACUUAAGACAUACUUUCCUUCGUCAUCGGGAACGACAGUGAUUGCUGAGCCAGGACAAUUUCUGGUGGCCUCAUCCUACACUCUUGCGGCCAAAGUUGUGGGAAAGAGAACCAAAGAAAGCUUUCUGGAUGGUAAAUGCAAAUACCACAAAGAGGUUUUUAUCAACGAAAGCAAGUACAACAGCAUCCCCAGAUACGCAGGCGAAGAAAGAGGAAUAAGUAUUCGCCCGUUAUUGGAGCACAAUGACCGGCCGCGCAAUGUGUUGACCGCCUUCUGGGCCGCCACCAGCAACCCGAGAGACCUAAUAUUCGACAAGCAGCUUUUCUGGCCCGUGGAGGUCAAUGACUGGCUCCUCAUCAACAACAUAGGUGCCUACUCGCUAGUGCUAGCUUGCAGCUUCAACGGCUCGGGCAUGCCUCCGGUAGUCUACGUUGCUUCCACAGACGGCGCCGAUACCGUCAGUAAAGGCAUAGCGGCGGCUUCCGUGUGCAGUGGCUAUUCUCAGAUGGAGCGUGCAAUCAAGUCAGUGUGAGGCACCGCAUAUUGCUGAAUAUUAUUUGUUGCUUUAUCCUCUUCAAUGUUACUAAAGGAUGCGACAGUAGUGGUCGGGGUCCCCUCAUGAACAGCAAAAUGAAUGUUGGCUAUAUUGUGCCAGAAAGCCCAUACAAAUUACCCUCCGUGAAUAGAGCUAAUCCCGCUUGUAUGAGCUAAUCCCGCUUGUAUGUGUAUGAUAGCAAUCGAAAAACUACCUCUGAUAAUACGAAGCUGCUUUGGCAUAGAAUUUCACUCCACAGAACGAAAGCUUAUCCAUGCGUGUUGUGACUUGCUUCAUUACAAACUUUCCUGAUGAAAGCAAGCUCAUUUGAAAAGGAUUGAUCUCUUAGAACCGUGCAGUGGCUAAUGACUUGCGUGAAUACAAUGAAUUGAAUAGACCUACUGGGACCGUGUCAUCUAUUCACCCGGCUUACAGUAAGCAGUCAGAAAGUGAAGACUGUAUUCACAUUUCGUGAAAGGAGUAGUAAUGAAACACCGAAUGACUGCGUUCCACUUCCUUGCAGUCUAGUUGAUGU